AUGGUUACAACAGACCGCAAUUCAAAGAAACUGUACUCCCUGGUCAAUGAGAAGAGGUGCGACAAGAGCGGCAUAUCAUCCCUUAAAGCUAAAGCUAACGGUCUCACCAACAGCGAGCUAACCACCAAAGCUACCAUUCUGAACCAGCAAUUCAGUGGAGUGUUUACCAGGGAAGACACCUCCUACAUUCCAUCACUCGGAAACAGUCCCCACCCCAACAUGCACAGUGUCAGCAUCGGCGUCGAGGGUGUGCGGAAGCUUCUUUUUGACCUAGACACACACGAGGCGACCAGUCCCGACAACAUCCCGACAAGGUUCCUGAAAGACUACACAGAAGAGCUUGCACCAGCACUAUCACUACUCUUCUCUGCAUCAGUCGACCAAGGCCAAGUACCGACAGACCGGAGGCACGCGAAUGUCACACCUAUCUUCAAAAAGGGAGACCACAGUGAUCCUGCCAACUAUCGGCCGAUAUUGCUUACUCAGUAUGCAGUAAGAUUAUCGAGCACAUCCUUCACAGACAGAUUAUGGCCCACCUUGAAAAACACAAGAUACUGUCGGACCAACAGCACGGCUUCAAAAAGAGGAGGUCUACUGAGAGCCAGCUUAUCCUCACGAUACGCGACCUAG